CAUUAAAAUAGAGACAAAACAAACUCCAGCUGGCAGCAUGUGUCUGCCACUUCACCAAGAGGAGAGGACGACUGCAUGCAGCGAAGACAAAGAAGGAGAACAAAAGUGUUUCACUGAAGAUCUUUAUUUCAAUCCAAGAAACUAGAAAAAAUAAAUAGCUUUAUUUUCACAAAUUUACACCACUUUUAAUGUGCUGGGAGUCAUUCCUUCAAAACUUACCGAGGAAAUUAAAGUGGUUUGAAUUGAACAAUGAUAAUACACUAAAAUCCUGCUAUCUUGGAAAAAUCAGCACUUUUCAUAGAUGCAACAUGCAGAUAUUGUCAUGUAGCUAUAUGAGAAGAGGCCUGUGCACGGCUGACUUUGUGCUCUCAGCAGCAUUAACUCGUGAGGACACAUUUUUAAGUAAAUGAGGAAAAUAAGAAAGUCAACAGGAUCAAACCUGUGCUUUGAGUUGUGCAGCUACUGAGUCCAGAUUUGUUCAGUUUCUGACAGAGAUACCUGACAGAAAUUCAUCGAACUUUGAUUGGAAAUAAACUAAAAACAGAUCUUAAAUUUGACAUUUUUGAUGGCAACAUUUUAACUGAAACAAAACCUGAAUUUUUUUAUGCUCAUAUACACUAAUGCUGAAUGAUAACACAUCAGCUCCUUUAGGCUUUGGCUUCAUGUCAGCGGUUGAGCUUGUAUUUUGCUGAAUGAUUGCAGGCUCCUCUCACUUUGGCAUUUUAAAACGUUUCAAGCUCCAUGUUUGUAUUUCAUCUUUUGCUGUGUUCAAUUCCUCUCAGUGUAUGAACCCACUUCACUUGCACGAUGUGUUCAGUUAUUAUUUCAUAAAUAAAACCAGUGGGACCAGGUUUGAGUGUAGCAGCAGCGUACACAUGGUGCAUGUUGGCCUUUACCUAGUCAGAAUUUUCCAGACCUCUUGCAGGCUUCAUUUCUCAGCAGGAAGAAAAACCUGCCCUGGCUUCUCCUGAGGGAAAACUUUUAUUUGUUGCUUUUCCAAUGCAAGUGCUAACAGUUGAUGCAGAUGAAUAUAAUCCUGCUGUUUGUCCAUGUAAUCACAGCGGCUCUCAUUCACAACAAUAACCACUCUCUACUCCCUGCUCAGACCAGCAGCGGAAUACUGAACACCUGAUUGCAAAAUUAGCAGGAAGAUUACUGGGAGAAAUUGAAGUUUCUCCAGCACACAGAUAUUUUUGGUAUAAAAGCUGAGUAUAACAAGCCUGGUUGUUUUAGUAAAGUAAAAAAUGAACUACAUUUACAGUGUUGUCCAAACCAUUAACAUCACGUAAGAGGCUGUUUAUGAAAAAAUCUGAAAUCUUCCUGAUGUUUUAUUCUACGUAUGAAAUGGCAGAACAUGCAAACAACACGUAGUCGUUGGAGCUGUCUCUUAAUAGCUACACUGGCUCGUGAAUGUAGGUAUGCACAAAUAUUUACUCAUUAAAAUUUUCUCAGAGAAUUGUUCUGCAGAAAAAGCACACAAACAAACAUGAGUGCAGGAAAAAAACAAGAUCACAUGGACAAAAAACUUGAUUAGAUUUUAGAGAGGAACUGUGAGAGAAUUUCAUGGAAACGGAUGAGAGAUGACUGUAAAACCACACAAGAUUCACACAAGAUGUUCAUUUCUAAUUUUUACAAGCCCUUAAACUGUUAGCCCUUCCUGAUCUGCGACGAAGGAUGACAUGUGGAAGGAGAAAAAAAGCAGCUAAAUUAAAGACAUGGAAAAACUUUGAGGGCCUGACACUUCACUGAUCAACUCUUUCUUUCAGGACUUACUUGUGAUGAUUCCUGCAUGUUUUACCAACACAUCUCCUUCCCGUUAAAUCCUGAAACAGCCCCGUCUGCUUCUGUGAGGAGAAAGAGAGAAGAGAGGUUUAUAUCAUGACCUCAAUCACAGAGACAUUUGAUAACAUAUGAUCAGCAACACGGACACAAGGCCAGAGCUGAUCCAUGAUGAUCAUUCAUGUAAUAAAACACCAUUUAGAGAGCAGGUAGAUCAAUUCCAAAAAGCAUAUGCUGUUGUGUAACAACAGUUUUAUUCUGAUAUGGCAGGAAUAUGUACUACAGCUAUUCUGUGCAUAUUCUACCAUCCCUAUAUUAUCUCCAUCUGGUUGAACUUGAACUGUAAACACUAAAUCUGUUACACAGUUUGUUCAGAUUAUUCUUGAUUUUUAUUCAGAUUAUUGUUUCAUUCACAUAUUUUACUGUGUGAUCUCUUUCAUUUCUGGCAGACUGAGAUUUUUGCCAGGUUUGCACCCCUCCUCCUGCAUCAGAAGCUGCUUUCAAACGUGCACUUUAGAAAACGUCCCCAAAAUUUCUGGAGAUCUACCCCUUAAAUUUACCUGAAAUGACUAUUUACACAUGAGCCCUUUACAGCGUGAGGUUGAAUCUGUUCAAUGUUACAAAUAAAGAGAGGAGGGUGUAUAUUCAAUGACCUGUAAGCUCAGUCUGCUGCUGUCAGCUCUGAAAAUGGAAAUGAUACUUUUCAGGAUCAGCUUCAGUUUCAUUCACAACAUUUAUCACUCAAUAGAAACAUUCAUCUUUGUCUGAUCUCUGAGUUACUUUAGGUGUGUGAAUCAGUGAAACACCGACACCUGGACUGGAUUUGAGUGCAUUCACUUUCCUACACUAAGAGGCUUGAACAUCUCAUAUUAAUUCACACAAAAUGUUCUGGUUGGUGAUAAUUUUCAUUAAAAAAAUUAUUAAGAAUUAUCCCCUUUUUUAAGAUUUUGCUUUAUACUUGAAAAAAAAAAACUUACUCACUGCAAAAUGAUACAUUUACAUUAUUUAGUUAAAAAUAAUAAAAUUAACUGAUGCUGACAAAUGCCUGACUUAUGAUGAUCUAAUGUGUGGCUCUAUCAUCUGCUCAUGCUGCCCAUCAAUUAUCAAUAUCUUGAUAGGAUCAUUUUCCACUUUACAGAUUAAAUAUAAAUUUCAUAAAUAUCUAUUUACAGUUAUUUCCAUCCUGGGCUGUGCGAUCACAUAAAACAUAUUUUCCAUGCAUUCAUCUGCACCAGUCUGACUGAAGACACACUCGGACUGUUCUGCUGGUGGAGAGAUCGCAUCGAUAUUUACCUCUUUGAUUUCUUAUCAUAUUAAUGCAUGAAGAAUCUGUUCGUGAACUGGCCAUAAAUCUGAACUUAUAGAGUCACAGUGGUUUAAUCUUUUUGAAAAUCAUGAGUGGAAAAAUUAGUAUACAUCAUGCAUGAAUCAAUUUGUAGAAAGGCAUUACUAAAAGCGUUUGAUUUGAUUGUGAGUGUGAGGUGCAGAAAAAAAAGAAGAAAACAAAUCUUUAUGAAAGUCUGAUCUCAGAUUUUCUCAGUGAUCCUUGAACACGACACAGUUAGAGACAUUUUGCAGCUUUAUUUUCAUUUCGGGGUGAUUUUGUUUUUAAAUGGAGGCCUUCAUUUCUAAAGCACAGUCGCUAAAUUUAUCGUGCAGGUGUUUAGAAAUUGUUAUUUUAACCAACUGUUGAUUUUUCCCCUCGCUCUGGUCUUCGUGAAAGGAUAGUUGUGUUACUUUAAUUAAAAAAGGUUGUAGGUCGCUGUGUGUUUGGUGUGUUUUGUGCAUUGUGUGUGCUCUUCCUCCUCCUCCUCUUUCUCCUCCUCCUCCUCCUCUGGCUGAAGGCCUGCAGGUGAAGCCUCCGCUGCGCUCCUAAUCUGAUCCAAUGUUCCCUCCGCCGCAGCUGCUAAUUCAAUUCCUGCGCGCUGUCAACACAUCUGCAAAACACACAAAGAUGAUUCCGCUGCUUUCAAAGAAAUGCGACACAACGAACAUGAAGUGAUAAAAUAAAGUCAGCUGCUUUGUGUUAAAAACACCGGAGCUGAAAUGUGUCCUUGUUUAAAGAAAGAGUUCAGAGCUUCUCCUGGAGGAAACUUAGAAAAAAAGGGCCGAGGAGCUUAAAAUUUAAAUAAAUCUCAUUUCAUUUUGAUUGUGAAGGAGCCUUUUUAUUCAAGGAAAGCGCAGCAAAAAAGAAAAAAGCUUCAAAAACACCAGAGACACCUGGUAAAAAAAGAGGGUUUGGAUUUCAACAUACAAGAAUAUAUAAUAGCGAUUAAAUAAAGCAGAGAGGGGAGCGAACUACAUUUUAUUGACAUUAUAUAGAUCUUUUUUCUUCGAAAUCUCCGUUUAAAUUAAUGUAGAGGCCUUUUUAUUGCAGAAUCUAUAGGUUUAGAUCUAGGAUGGGCCCUCCGGAGCAGGUGUGUGUCCACCUGAAAUGAAUUUCUCCUUUUGUCUCUGCGUCAUGCGCAAAAAAGGACGAAUAUAUAAAGAGAAGUGCGAUUGUGAAACGUGAAAUAAUAUGAUAAUUGAAGGGAUGCAUUUGGUUUAUUAUAAACCUGAGGUACGGGUAUCUGAUGCGUAGAUGUGAGUUUGAUAUUUUCCUGUUAAAAUCUGUUUGUUUGUUUGUUUGUUUGUUUUAAGGAGAGAAUAAAAGAGAAGUCACAGGUGAGCAGAUGUUCGUGUUCAGGCUGAUUUACGGAGACCAUUUUGUCCGUUUUAAGACCUGCUAUAUUUGUUUCCAGUUCCCACUAGAGAGAUGAUUUGCUGUUGUAACUUUUUUGUUUUCUUUUAUCUAAAUUUAAGUCCACACACGCAUGCAGAGAAAACACGCUGAAAGUCUUUUGGUGAUUCCAGAGUAAACAGAAAAAUGAGUGUGUGCAGGUAAGGAAUCUGUGCUCAGAGGCACAGCGGGGAGUUUAUCUCCAAGUAGCAACCCGACAGCAGGAGGGAUUAUUUCAUGAAGCGAUAAAAAACAAUCCGAGACAGCAGUUAGUAAUCGUGCUUCAUGUGGACGCAUGCGUCACAUCCACAACCACGACCAAAUCAUCACGUGGAAAUAGAGAGCGUCAUGCUGAGGCCAGGCAGAGUGGGUUUCCCAAGGGUCCCUGAUGUCUCGAGUAUAAUUGUAUUAAAGUUACAGUCCGUGGAAAUGAUUUUUAAUUGAGAAUACACAAACUCCCUGCGGGGGAAACUUGUUCUGAGUCUCUGUGAGAGUCGCAGCCUUGUCUGCUGAUCUAACGCCUGUGGGUGUGACAGCUCUGUCACUCUCCUCCGGCUCCCCAGGGUCACUAUAGCGCCCCCACCUGGUGGUCUACCUGUCAGUCACACACACCCACAGCGUCCAAACACCACCCUAGAGCCGCAGCUUCCAGUGAGCAGGAGGUUUAAAGCGGCUGCAGAGCUGCAUGGGACUGGGAGGGGGCUGGAGCUGAGUGGUUGUACUUUUUGAUUGAGUUUGUCAUGUCCGGGAAAAAUGUUUGUUUUAUGGAGGAGCCGAGAAGCAUCAGGUAUUAGUCUGCUCCCAAAAAGCAUCUCUUACAUGGUGUUGUUCCAAAUAACAUGAAAGUGUGGUUCAGUGUGCGCGUUUUGCUUUUCCUGCAAGUGAUAUGUUUCAUUUAGCAGAGUGAGCCGGGGAGGAGGAAAUGGAGGAGAUGAAGGAGAAGGAGGAGGAGGAGGAAGAGGAGGAGGGCGGCUGGUUGCUGCACGAGGAGAAGGAGGAGGAGGAGAAGGAAAAGAAAUGGUUGGAGAAGGAGGAGGAGAAGAGAAGGCAGAAGGAGGAGGAGGUGGUGGAGGAGGAGAGGGCCGCUGGUCGCCGGGUUUCCAUGUGACAAGGGGAAAUAUGAGGGACUUUGACAGGUCUUAAACGGUCUGGCGCCAAGGCCUCAGUCUAGCCGCUAAAUAUAGCCGAAGAGAUGAUGCAGGGAGAUGGGAGGAGAAGAUGGAGAGAUAAAAGGAAGAAAAGAACAAUGUCGAGGGGAGGAAGGAAAAAAACAAUACUCGAUUAUGGACGAAUAUGGCGCAAAACUGCUCCGGUUUGUUGUAAUUAGAGCGUCUCUGGCCCGGAUCACUAACAUGCACAGGGGCCAAAUCAGCGGGACGGAAGGCGCUUUUACGCACAUUUUCACAUCUGCAGCUGUGUUGUUUAGUAUUGAGCGGACGGAUCAAGGACACGGAGAGGCUUGAGUCAACUUCCUACUGUAUAGGAAACGUCAUGCAAGCAGUGAAGUCACUUUUAGAGCAGUGUACAGUCAACUUUGAGCGUCAAAUAUCUCAAAUUGAAGCAUCAGAAGCUUCUUGUUUUCACUCUUUUCUGGGUUUGAGAGCCUGGAAAUGUUGUCAAACUCACAAUUUCACUAAAGCUCAGACACAUGAAUAAAUAAAGGGUGAUAAACUUGAAAUUGUCUUCAGAUAUUUCACACCCCGAGUCUCACAUCCACUUACUCCUAAAGAACAAGUGUAAGCAGCGUGUUUACUGUCUGCUCGCAUUAAUCCCAGCACAGAGAAUAUGUUAAUCUAUCAGCGCAGUGCCCCUUCCUCUCAGCGCAGCCCUCCUCCCCUGGACUUAAUGACUUUUAAAUCGCGCGUAAUGGAGAUUUCUGUGCCACUGACGGCACAGAACAAAUAAAUGGUGACUCAUUUGCAGCAGCAUUGUUGAUACAAUUAUCCAGCUGCGUAUUCCGGCAGAAAAACCGUUAUCCUCCUCCAUAUGCUGCUAAUCUGUUUUCUUUUUCUGCUCAGUCAAAGCUCAGUCCGAGCCGGUACACCUCUGCCAUUGCAUAAAUCUGAAGGGAGAGAAAUCCAAACAAGGCAGCUGUCCGGACAAAUUAUCACAGAUACACAACACCCUGUAACUCUGAGACAACUGCAGACACGAACACGAGAAGCUGAUGUUUACAACACCUGGUUGAGUGAAAAUACACCUCCCAAUAACUCUUUUUUCCUAAUUUUUCCACUGUGGGAACACUUGAUGCUCAGGUGACUUGUGUUUACAAUAAAAAUGUGUGUGUUUCCUGCACUUCUGGGAGUCACUCAGGUAUGUUUCUCUCUGUUGUAUCCUUAGCUGCUCCUCUCCGGCCUGCUGGCUCUUUACGCAUGGCUGUAUCAGUGUGAUGGACACCGAGCAACAAGUGUGUAACGCAGCGGAGAUGUGCAAACAUUUCAUGCCCUUAAAUCACAUAACGAGCUGAAUGUGCAACACAGACGCGUCUCUGCAGAUAUUUAUACUUUAAAGUCGUUAAAAGACAUAAAAGUAGUUUGUUUUCUCUUUUAGAAACAGUAUUUUUAUUGUUUAGUUGCUUUUUGGAGGCAAGUUUGCAGUAGUUUAAGGUGGAUUUUACGCAUUCAUAAAGAGGGUUUAUAAAUAUUGUUGAGGACAUUUUUUAUGGCCACAUGGGGAUUUUGUUUGGCUGUCAGAGGAAGCCGCAGAGACGCCGCUGAGUUUCAGGGUUAAUAGGAAAUGCGCAGUUGUAGCUGACAGCCUCAUUCAGGGGGAUUAUCACUUUUUGUUUCACUUUUUAUCGAAGCGCGCUGCUCUCUCCAACACACAGAGAGCAGCUGUUUAGCCCCCCAAAAAAGACGGGAAAAAAUCAUAUUUGACACCGAGUCAUGACCGCGGCAGAGGAGUGGAGCUGAGCCGCACAGGAGGCUGCUGCAGAGGGGCCGGGGGGGGGCGCGCACAUGCAGGACUUCAGGGUAAAUAUAAAGAGACAAGAGAUUGUUCUUAUUGUGGCGACUGGCGCCGCGCGGCUCUUUAACAAACUGAGUUAAUCAGGAGCUGCAGUUUUCUGAGGCUGAGGCUCAGCAGAGCGGGGAGCAGAGGCUGGUGGUGCAAGAGAGGGAGGAGGAGGUGGUGGAGGUGGUGGUGGUGGUGGAGGGGGGCCCGCGGCUCCCGGAGUCCCGCACUGUCCUCCGGUUUGACAAAAUACAACCUGUCGGAGAUUACACGCUGCACCCGGCCUGCCCUCAGCUCCAGACCGAGCACUAAAUCAUCUCAUCGCUGCAUGUUUGAUGUGGCAGUAAAACGAGACUCUGCAGAAAUCCCCACAAACUGCACGAUUCAAACUUUUUUCCUCCUGCAUUCAUCAUUUUAAAACCUCAUUCAAAAAUACAACUUUUUUUUUUUGCCAAGAAGUCCCCAAGAAGAAAUGUAACUUUUAUUACUUUUCAAAGAGUUGAUAUCGAAGUGAGCACUCACCCGCAUUUUCUUUCAAAAUUCACUCAUCAUCACUCAUCUGGUUUCCUCUUUUUGUCUCCACACAGCAGCAUCUGGGUUUGUCUUUUCCAGCCUCGUCUCUUUAUGACGCUGCGGCUGCUGCUGCUGCUGCCUUCCCGUCAGCCCGAUCAGGAAAACGCGCACAGAGAUGUCUCUCUCUCUCUCUCUCUCUCCUCUCUCCCUCUGUCUCUCUCUGUGUCUCUCUCUCAGUGGGUUGAAUGAGGCUGGAGUUCAGCUAACACAGCCGGGGCGAGUGUGAGGCAAAUCCGACCUAAAGCGUCAAAACAGCCGAUAACAUGGAAUAAUUAUAAGUCUGUUAUUAAGGAGGGCGACGCGGAGAGCAGCAGCAGCAGCAGCAGCUCUUUGACAUAAAUCUCUCCGGAAUGCAGAGCCGGAGCUGCUAGCCGCGGAUUUACUGCACGGAGUUGUUUGGAGAGACAGUGCUAAACGUGCUGAAGUGGAGCUGCUCCUCUGUGUUAAGGUGAGUAUUAGACAGGGAGGCGGUGGACAGGUUCUCCGGAGGCGACAUUGUUCAAAACGCAAGCCGAGAGAGGUGAUGCCUCCACCGGCCAACAACUGAGGGCUGACCCGGUGUUUGGCUUGGAAAUGGGGGUGGGAUUUCCCGAUCUUUCCUGUCAUUGGUUAAUAUUUUAUUCUGUUGACAUGUUUUCUUACUGCUAAUGCUUCCGACACCUUCUUGUCCCCCCCUCCCUCCUCUCGUAGAGUCUGGCCGGAGCUGUCAGAACCACGCCUAUAGGGGCCCACAAUUGGUCCAGAAAGCGUAAAAUCAGCAAUCAAAGGGGCUUGGUUCAUUAGUGUUGGGGAUGGAGGCAGGAAGGACAUGUGAGAUAGUCACAGAUCUGCAGUGAGCGGGGCCACAUCUCUCCAGUCAGUGUGGGAUGACUGAAGCAGAGGAACUGUGAGGCACACAGCGCAGCCGGGCUCUACCUUCACCGCGCCGCUCUCGCUCAAGGAUCGGCUGAGGAACCAAAGGAAACGCACAUCAAGCACAACUCCGGGCUCUUUUCUUCACCCUGAUAACGCGCCGUGUGCUUGACUCGGCGCCGGACUCCUCUGAAGCGCUUUACAAAAAACUCAACUGCUGGCGAAGCGCGGACAUACACCGGGUUUUGGGGGAAAUACCACUUAAAAUCUCAAUUUUUUCACUUCGGUUUUUGUGGAUGCACCGAUGAGAGAUCCAGUUUUUACAGGGACUGCAAUGGCUUAUCACCCUUUCCACGCACACCGGCCGACCGACUUCCCCAUGUCCGCCUUUCUAGCGGCCGCGCAGCCUUCCUUCUUCCCGGCGCUCAGUCUGCCUCCCGGGGCGCUCACCAAGCCCAUACCGGACCACGGCCUGGCCGGGGCGGCGGAGGCUGGGCUCCACCCGGCCCUCAGCCACCAUCAGGCGGCACAUCUCCGCAGCAUGAAGAGCCUGGAGCCCGAGGAGGAAGUGGACGACGACCCCAAAGUUACACUGGAAGCCAAGGAUCUUUGGGACCAGUUUCAUAAACUCGGGACGGAGAUGGUUAUUACAAAGUCCGGAAGGUAGGAAUUAAACACAAACAUGACCUUUAAAAAAAAAGAAAGAUUAAAGCACCGGCACUUUUUUGCGCGUUUAGACAGAGAAUGAGUCGCUGCUGUCAAGUAAAGAGCGCACAGAAAGCGAUUUCUUCAGCUUUUGAAACGGCAGCCUGCGCGUCAGGCCUGACUCGCUCCGUAUUUAUUUCCCCUUCGAUUAUUAGUCAGUUUCACCAUCAAUAAAAUUUAGAAGAUAAAUUAAUUCGCAGAAAGAACUGAAAGCCUUAAACUCACACAGGUCACUACAUUUUUGUUUUUUAAAAAAGACUGAGGGACCAGUAGUGUGAGAGCUCUCCAAUCAGCUUCAUUUUUCCAAUUAAAUCAAAUCAAUCGAGCAUCAGUUCAUUCAGAAAUAUUUAUGAAACAUUACCACCCCGAUCAAAGUGAAUAUUUGGAAUAUUUCAGAGGGCAGAGGAUAGUCGGAGCUUUUUAUCAGGUUUUUAUCUCCUCAGUCUGCAUUCUGAGGAGGCAGCAGAGCUUCUGGGUUUUAUAAACAGGCUGUCACUUCAAAAAGCAGGGACGAGAAGAGCUGUGGUCAUAAAUAUACUGCUCAGCUUUGUAGUGCAGCGUUUGGACAACACACACAUAUAUACGAUCACACACACACACACACACACACACACACACACAACCGAGGCUGACAUACACACAAACACACUACGUUUUGUUGUGUUGCUUCCGCGUAAUUGCGCGUAAUAUCUGACGAUUACAGUGUUUUCUCUUGUUUUCUCUGCGUUGCCUUCACGGCCUCUUUUUGUCACGUUUAUUCAAGUGUUGCGUGAUAGUCCUGCUGUUUAUGUUAACUCCCCGUGUGUGUGUGUGUUUCUGUGUCUGCAGGAGGAUGUUCCCUCCGUUUAAAGUGCGGAUAAACGGGCUCGAUAAAAAAGCAAAAUACAUCCUGCUGAUGGACAUCGUGGCGGCGGACGACUGCCGCUACAAGUUCCACAACUCCCGCUGGAUGGUCGCAGGCAAGGCCGACCCGGAGAUGCCCAAGAGGAUGUAUAUCCACCCGGACAGCCCGGCCACCGGCGAGCAGUGGAUGGCCAAGCCUGUUGCUUUCCAUAAACUCAAACUGACCAACAACAUCUCAGACAAACACGGAUUUGUGAGUACUGACGAGUUUUAUUUUUCCCUCUCUCUUUUGCCUGAGCAGUGAUGUUUUUCAUAUUUACACUCUGUGCGAGGUGUUUGCUGCUGGAACAAGACGGGCAGGAGGUUUAGAGGUGUUUUUAAGAUGGCAUGAAAUUUUUAUGAAGCAGAUGGGGGGAAAGUGGGUCGUUGUUGCAGCUACAUGACAGGGAGAAACAGGCAGGGGAAAUGAGGAAUUAUAUAAAAAAACGAGCUCUGAAUUCUGUGAAAAUCUGCUGCAUGGAAAUGUCAAAGCAGCACAGAAAAUAUAUCAAAUUAAAUAUUUUAAAGACUAAUACAUUUCACAUGCUAACUCGUAUAAAUAAUCUGUAAUUGCAAAAUAAAUGUGCUCACAGAUGAGUCCAUUUUCGCUGCUGGAUGUUAUUACUUCCAAAGCUGUUGACACUUUGUCGCCACUUGACUUCCCACCGCCGCUGACAUACUCUGAGCUUAUGUUUCCUUGCAGCUCUCCAAAUUAUUAUCAGCCUGCAUUUUUCGCCCCCGCAUCUGCAUACUUUAUUCCAACCUUGCAGCAGCAGAUCAGGCUUUAUCUAAUGCCACAAUUACACUUUUUAUUCUGCAAUUCUCACUGUUGUUUUAAUAGACAGAAAAAAAUAAAAACCAACAUUUCAUCUGAGCUGAGUGUUUAUAAAGAGGAUUAAGGGAUGUAUCGUCGAACCGGACGAUAGAGAAAUGGCGUUAAAUGAGCUUAAAUGGCGGGGCUGAAAGUCGUGUUUAAUACUCCCAGCAACCUGUAACCUCUUAUCAAUUAUACAUCAUACAGUAGGCACUGUAGGCUGCUGUUGAUAGAUUUUCUCCUUGUGUUGAUUUGUAUUUUAGUAAAUGUAUAAAAUAAUCUGGAUGAUCUGGUGUUUAUCUCUUUUACGCACAACAUUUCUCAUAUUUUAUUCUUGGCUGCUCAAUAUUUUGCACGAGGACUGAGAUAAAAAAAAAGUGGGGCAAAUGUUAAAUGUCUGAGAAUGUCCAUCUGACUGGCAGGCAAAGUGUGCUUCCGACUGGAAACAAAUUCAGCAUUUACAUGUCAGUCCAAAUUUGCAAUCGGUUACAGGCACAUCUUUGUUUGUUUGUUUGCUCGCACACGUCUUAUUUAAACAUUCAAGUGCUGCUUGUUAUCUCUUAUUUUGAUCUGGGAUCAGUGCUUUAUUUUUCUUGACUUACACGUCCGGCUGCAGCGUAAAUUUUGUGAUUUAUAUCGAUUUUAUUUAUGUAAAAUGCGGGAAACGUGUUGAACGCUGUGCAUGUCAAACAGCAGGCCCUCCGGCUGCAGCAGCCUGUAAUGUGUCCAUACUUGGUGGUAAAUUAGACAUGAAUGAAAGAUAGAAACUGCAUCAAAUCACAUUUUCUGCUGCGGUUGUGAGUCCUCGUGACAACAUGUGUGGCCUGGUCAGGUUUUUCCCCCGUCGCCUCGCGCUAAUUACAGACAAGUCUGCUCACACAAUAAUUAAAACAGCAUCAAUAACAAAGAUGAUCCUCGACUUAUACUCUCGAGGUUUCAUGUGGACGAGACGUCAAAGAGGGGGCAUGAAAAAAUUCGUGAUAUUUACUCCAAAGCUCUGUGUGUUUGCGUGUGUUGGUCCAGACAAUCCUCAACUCCAUGCACAAGUACCAGCCCAGGUUCCACAUAGUGCGGGCCAACGACAUCCUCAAGCUCCCCUACAGCACCUUCAGGACCUACGUGUUCCCGGAGACCGAGUUCGUGGCUGUGACAGCGUAUCAGAACGACAAGGUGAGUCACUGCGCACAACUGUCUCUAAUAUGGCUGCUAUACUUUGCAUAAUAAAUGUCCUACAUGCGUCCCCUCCCCUCCUCUCCCCCUCCCCCGCCGCCGCCAAACCCUGAAGACUUAAUCUGAUUUUGUAGGUCGCCUAAUUUCCCUGCAGAGGACUCCCAUGUCCCACUUGAUUUUUGUAAUUGCUGUUUUGCCUGGACUUGUGGGUGUAGCUGAUAUCUCCAGACUAUGAAUUCAAAUUUCCAGCCAGAGUUUUUGUGUGGCGGUGUGUUAUCUGGAAUCCAUGCGCCAUAAAUGCGCAAUUACCUUGACCAGUAGUGAAUAAAUUGGGCGUAUAAACGUGGAGGGAGUGUUUCUGUGUUACAGUGCAGCAACAAAUAUGGCCGACCUGUCCUAUUUUUAUUAUUGAUGUCUUGUCAAGAUAGUACAAAAACCGUCCCCUUUAGUAUUAUAAUCUAAUUAAAAAAUAAAAUAAAAUCAGGCGUUUCUGGAGCAAGAUUUGGUAUGACCGUGUUAAAAUCAAGAUUAUUUCACUCUACAUUUUGCAUUAAUGUUAGAAUUUCCAUUAUGUCUGUAUGUGGUUUUGGUACAUCGUAUGAAAACCUAGAAUAUUUUUCUUGAGGUUUGGUUCAUGUGUAUUAAAAACCAGCAUAUUCUAAAUGAGGUUUUGUGUGGAGCUAAAAAAUCCGGCUUGUAUAAUUCAACCAUAUCCACAUUAUAAAAACAGCAGGGUCUAUGUAUGGUCAUAUAAAUUUAGUACAUGUUUACUGAGGUUCGGCGCAUGUGUGUUAAAAUGUAAUAUUUCAGAAAAUAUAACACAACUUUAAUAAUCUGUAUUUCUGAUUCGUGGAUUUGUGUUUGAAAUAUGAAGCAUCAGUGGAGGUUUUUUUUAACUUGUAAAGUAACCAUAACAUAUUUCAGUAUACAGGUUAAUGUAUGGUCAUAGAUCUGGAUAUUUGAGAGGGUUUCGUAUGUAUGCGUAAAACCAAGCUCUAUAGACUGAGGUUUUGCACUGGUUCUAAAAAUCCAUCAUAUCUGGAUUGAGGUUUUGUUUAUGUGUUUAUUUGAUGGUAUUAAUAUAAGCCCUCUUCAUGCCUCUUUAUCCUCCUUCAUGAACCUAAUUGGGGCUUGUGUCCGCCGGGGUCUGGGUGCUGUGGUGUGUGUGUGUGCGUGUGUGUGUGUGUGUGUGUGUGUGUGUGUGUGGGGGGGGGGGUCUUGUUGUAAAAGUUUAUUGCAAAGAGUCACCAUCGAUUAGAGGCCCUUUAAAAGGCUGGUCACCCUGCAGCCGCAGUGGACAGAUGCUGCCAGACACUCUCUCUGCUCAAAUGGCAGAACGCCCUGAAGCGGCUUGUUCAGGGGCCACUCUGUUCAGGGGGCCUACUGUAGCCGGGGUGAAGCACGUGCAAGAGCCACGCAGGCCUCUGUUGUCAUCGUGCCCACGCAGAGACAUACCGGGAAGCAGCAGCAGGAGCAGGAGCAGGAGCGAUCCAAACCGCGUUAUUAAUUAUUGAUAUGAUAGUCAUCUGUUCAAGUAUUGCUCCCUCUGUUUCUUUUUUUCUUGAUCUGGGGGGACUGAGGCUUGUGUGGCCCCCAUAGAGGAAUAUUUCGCGGCAGAAUUUCCCUCCAGGGACCAAUGAGAAUAACGCUCUAUCAUUACGCUUUUAUUAAUAAUGCAAAUGUGAGGCCUGCAGUGGCUCCUGUCCAAACACGCUGCUGUCUCUCUCUCUCUCUCUCUCUCUCUCUCUCUCUCUCUCUCUCUCUCUGUGUUAAUCCAAAUAUGGACCAGGUGUGGACAGGAAAAAAAACACUGCUUUAGAUUAUGUGCUUCUAUUUGGUAAUAUUUGUUCUUAAUCUUUUAUGUUUUGUAUUUUUCCCAUAGAUAACACAGCUGAAGAUUGACAACAACCCUUUCGCCAAAGGAUUCAGAGACACGGGGAAUGGACGGAGAGAGAAAAGGUAUCAAACACCUGCAGAAUUACCUCAAUAUUUAAUUAUUCAGUGUGUGUGUGUGUGUGUGUGUGUGUGUGUGUGUGUGUGUCCACCAUCUUUUUAUUUUGCAAGGUCAUGGUGUAACAGCCAAAUUACCAUGUAUUAUUAUUAUUAUUAUUAUUAUUAUUAUUAUUAUUAUUAUUAUUAUUAUUAUUAUCACUACUAGUGUUAUUAUCAUUAUUAUUGUUAUUAUUCCUAACAGUGCUAAUGUCGCUGGCAGGAAACAGCUGACCAUGCCGUCGCUGCGGAUGUAUGAGGACCAGUGUAAGGGGGACCGAGAAGGCGCAGACUCGGACGCCUCCUCUAGUGAGGCUCCUGCCGGGAGAGACACCGUCCACUCCCCGCUGGGAGCCGGUUCCAGCCCGCUGAGGUUCAGCAGGCCCAGUCGAGGUGAGAAGCAAUAUUAUUUAUGUCCUUUAAAUGCCCAUAUAUGGUCAUACAUUAAAGCAUAAAGGGUGUGUGCAGAAAAUUGAUGCAAUAUAUUUUAAAAUUAUAAGUUAGAAUUAGAAGAUAACAUAGCUUGAUGUGAGGAAAACAGCAGUGAGAGGUAAUUUAAUUUUUGUGUAGAAUUUUUUUUUUAAUCAUUAUCAUUUUAUUAAUUAUCUUGGUUAGCACUCCUGGAUUUCUUCAUGCAAUGACGCCACACUAGAUCUGUUGUGUUGGAGUUUGACUAAUUAAAAUCCGCUUUUAACUCAGUCUGAAUUUGGAGAGUUCCUUUAUUAAGGUUUAAAACUGUUCUUGGCACAAACAGCUUUUUUGUUCCACUGAUUUCUAAAAUAAAUCUUGUUAAUCAUUGUUUUUCUUUCCUGCUCUGAUCCUGGAGUUUUACUUCUUUAAUUUUGAUUAGUUUUAAUCCUAAACCAGAAGCAGAUUUGAAGAGGCCGGUUAUUCAUGUGGAAUGUGUGUUUCUGUUUUAAUGUUUGAAAACUCAGAGGCUUAAAUUUGAACACAGUUCUUGUAUGUUGGCCCACAAGAUAAAAUCUCAUAAAUAUAAAUGUAAAAUGCAGGAAGUGUGUUCCUUUCCUAAUGAGUGAGCAUAUGCUGGGAAAUGUGCAGGGUGGAUUUUAAGAGUUCAAGGCUCCCACCAGGCUUAUGUGUCCAUUCAUGUGUGUGUGAGAGUGUGUAGUACUUGUGUGUGUAUCUCUCCAUGCACUCUGCUCACACCUCUUUGUCUCUGUAUGAAUCUUGGUCCUGCAGACGACAAAACAUGCACUGACAGUGAGCAGGAGCUGGAGCAUCAUGACGAACUCUGCAACGCCUCCAAUAGCCCAGGACCUGAGCCCGUGUCCCCCUACAGCUCCAGGUGUGAGGAGCGCGUGAGAGAGCGACCCAGCACAGAAAAGAAGGACGAAUCCAUUUUCAGUAUAAGGAACCUGGAGAAGGACAAAGUGGACAGCAGGAGCAGGAAGGACACUUCAGACACGUUGACGAAGGACUCAGAGGCUGGAGGAAUCAGUGCCAGUAAGGACGCCUUCUCCCCUCUCAUGGUCCAGACUGAGAGCCCCUCGCACUUCAGCCCGGGCCACUUACAAAGCCUGGCUCUGUCUGGCCUGCACAGCCAGCAGUUCUUUAACCCUCUGAACACCGGAUCACCCCUGUUGUUUCACCCGGGCCAGUUUGCCAUGGCCCCCGGAGCCUUUUCUGCCAUGGGCAUGGGGCACCUUUUGGCCUCCGUAUCUGGAGCAAGUGGUUUGGAAAAUGGCAGCCUCUCCGCCCAGGGCACAGGAGGGACCCCCAGCCCCUUCCCCUUUCAUCUGUCCCAGCACAUGCUUGCCUCUCAGGUAAGAGAGAUCAGCCUAUCAGGGUUUGAUUUAGUUUGUCUGAACACCUGUAGCUCUGAGCUGGCCUCAGCAGGAACAGAUAGAGGAGAGUGUAGGAAGGAUUGGGUGUCAAGUUUUGCCUCCUCGAACCACAAUCAACACUCUGGAAAAUUCAAAGAACAGGCAUUGACUUUCAGCUUUACUGCCAAAAAUGAGCAGGCUGAAAUAUUAUGUAUGAUUAUAUGUGAUCCAGAGGCUUCCAUCUUUAAAAUCCUCACUUAGCUUUAUCCAAUCGGGCUCAUAUGGAGGACAGACUGUGCCGCUCUCCUUUCAUUUUGUUCAGCUGUAUUAUCAGAGUCAUACAGGCAAAAUCAAAUGGCAGAACCCACUGCAUGAAAACACACAGGACUUCACUGAAAGUAUUUGUAAGAAUUUUUUUUACAUUUGUUUAAAAAUUACAGCCCUGAAAUCUUUUUUUUGAGCUGCAUUAAGUCAAUGUUAAGAAAACAUACACCUUAACAACACUGUGGGGGAGUGUUUGUAUAAGAGCACUAUUGGUCUAUGAUAAAAAAUAGAUUUGGUGAAAAAAGAUGAUUUUUUAAAAAUAAUGAAAAUGAUCCCGGAGUGCUUUACUACAUUAAAUAAUAGGAGUUUUCACUGUGAUAGUUUAACGUUUUAUUAGAUAACAGAGGUCAUUUCAAUCAUAUUUGUUCUUUUACUUUUUUCUAGAGGUCUGUUUAAAGUAGUUCUGCCUCUUGAUUUUCUGCUUAAGAAUGAAAAAAAAAAAUGUUUUGAUAUCAGAAUUGUCUUUUUCAUCAACAAAAUCUGUUUAAAACAUCAUCAGAAGGAACUUAGGUCUUUGUGUGUUCAAAAAAAAGUCACUAAAUGUUUCAUAUGUCUGAAAAAAAGUGUACACUCUGUGACACAGCCUCUCUCCUCUCUCCUCUCACAGGGCAUCCCCAUGCCUCCCUUUGGCGGUCUCUUCCCGUAUCCGUACACAUACAUGGCAGCAGCUGCAGCGGCGGCCUCAGCCUCGGCCCUCCCGGCCACCAGCAGCUCCAGCCCGCUCUCCAGGAACCCCUUUCUGAGUUCAUCCCGGCCUCGCCUCCGCUUCAACCCCUACCAGCUCCCAGUGUCGCUGCCGCAGAGCACCAGCCUGCUCACCACCGGCCUGCAAGGAAGCCUAAACCCCAACUCUGAAUCCUCCAAGCCAGGCAGCAGGGAGACCAGCCCGGCCCCAGAGCACCUCAGCAGUAACCAUAAGACUGGAGGGUCAGUCGGGAGGACCACAUCCCCCAAAACCUCCAUGAAGGACUCAGUGAAUGAGCUGCAGAGCAUCCAGAGACUGGUGAGUGGCCUGGAAGGCCAGAGGGAGCCGUCCCCAAGCGCAGACUCUCCCAAGUGAUGAACACUGAGUUUGGGAUGGAGACGAACCAGAGGACUAUAAGUGCAAAUGUCCUGUACAGCACAUUACGGAGACUGGGAUGAGGGUGAGGCCGAUAUGGGUCAGUGAAGGUCCAUAACUCUUUUUUUUUUCUAACAGAGCUGUAGAAAAAAAGACCUUUAGUCCACGAUACUCAAUAAAACCUUUAAAUGAUUGAGAAGUGAGGGUGGGAAUCCCUCUGAAGUCUUGUGACCACCAUCAGACACCAAAACUUGUCCUUUUGAAUCCCCAGUGUUUUAGGGUUAGCAGUUCUUAAAGUCAGGCAUACCUCUACAAAACCCUGGGACACGUGUCUACAUUGAGAAAACUAAAAACACAAAGAUAGCAUUUAAUUAAAUAUUCCUGACAGUAUCCAUGUAAAACACAUUUUAGAAAAUUUAAAAUAUGACCACUUCAUUUCAUGGACUCAGUGCCGGGGGUUCUUAUCAGUGAAAUUCUUAUCAUAUCAGAGGAGGACCACACAUGGCCAGUAUCGGCCCCCAGAUAUCGGUCUAACCUACCUGUGGUUCCACGGACUGGUGGCCUGCAGGAAAGUGUGUGUAGAGUGUGUUUAACUUGAAGCAGCCUGCUUUGGACCUGAACAGGAGCCUCAUUGCGUCUCAAGCUGCAUCCAAAAAACUUUUUCUGUUGGUUUCCAGGCCUGAUGAUUUCAAAAAGGUAUGGAAGUGAAGAGCAAGACAGAACCGCUUCUUAUCAUUUCAUGCCAGAAAAAAAAAAUGUUUCUGAACUAUUUAUGUAAUUAAAGAUAAAAACAAUUCUGUAAAUGAAGCUAAGAUCCAAGAUUAUGCAAUUGGUAUUAAUUUAUUCAAGGCUGUAUAUUUGCGUGUAUAUAUUUCCAUUUUUUUCCUUUCUCCUCUUCCUUUUCUUCCUCCCCCCUUUCUCCCUUUAUUUUACAUGAACAUAAACUGUAAAUGAAAAGCUAUUUAGCGCUUGUUGGUUUGACAAACUGUAUGAUGAAGCAUCAAUGAUUUUUAGAAGACGUGUGUGCCAUGUUUUAGUCUGCAUCCACCGACAAACACAGAGGAUCAGAGGGAGGAAGAGCUCCACAUUCAUUAAAAAAAAAAAGACAAAAAAAAAAAAAAAAAACACCUCAGGUUACUUCACUCCAGUCAGGAGACAGUCAAAGCAAUUCCUCCUCAACAGGCGCGUCAUUCAUAUCUAUUCAUAAAUAUAUUUAAAGAUGAUGAAAGUAUCUUGUUUAUGCUGGUUGUCCGUUUUUUUUCUUUUGUUUUUUUUUUUUUUUUUUUUUGAUUGUCUCACAAUUUCAAUAAAAAAUCGUUGUGCUGAAA